UCUUCACGCGGCCACUUUCUUGACUCCCUCAAGACGUGGAUGCCAGACUACACAGUUAGAGCACUUCCACCGCGACUAGAUCCACCCCGGCAACCGGUGUACAGCGCUCGGCUGGACGUUCACACAAAACUUAGGCGCGUGGACAGCACAGACUCUUUGGUCACCCAAUUAUCGCUCUUCAGCUGCUCAAGCUACGGUAAAUCUGCCCCAAGCCCCAGACCCCGGCGCCGCCAGAGGAAAAAAGUAAAACCGGACUCAGGUGAACUAAAGCAAACGAGUGUUUGGGUGGAGUUGGCCAGCAGACGGCGUGGUGCUUUCGACAAACUGUUAAAAAUACACGAAAUGCACGCUCAGCUGGAGGCGGAAACUGACAUAUUUAGGUGUUUGCCAGAUGAUGAGAAACUCUUAGUGGUAGAUGCAGGCAGGCGGAAAGUCAUUUUACCCGCUUCAGGGAGGCAGAGAUGUAACAGUGAACCCUGCGUUCUCGAUGGGGUAUCAGUGAGGAAACCGCAGCGUAUCAAAUCUGCCGGCGGUCAUCACGAUGGUUCCUCAAUGGACUGGAAAGAAAUAUGGCGUCGGCAUGUUGAAAAAAAGCGUUACGGGUUACGGCGUUUGGCAGCUCGUGCAACACACAAACCUAUUGUGUCUGAACAGAGUUCAGCUCCAAGAGACGCGCUCUUUCCCGAAGAUAUGGAGAGGCAUAAGGACAUCAAAUCUAAGCAUGUCUCCAUCUGGAUGGAAGAUUCUUCAAAACCUACGGACUCGGACGUUGGGCGUGAGUUCUCUGCGAAAGUCAAGUCUGAAAUAAAGAGCACAACGAAUGCUCUGAAGAAAAUGACCGGACAUAUUUCCCCUCGGCCAUUAUCUGGCACGCUUACAGACAAUCCUCAUCUUGUAAAGGCCAAUUACAACCGCUGGGUAAUGUUUCCACAUCGCAUGAAAAUUUCACCGCAUCUUAGCAAAGUUAUACAAGCUGACGUAAAAGUGCGCAUGGGGAGACCACGUUACCACGAGAUUAGGAUAAGAGAUUUACAUUUGUGGAACGAAGGCCACGCACUAGACCGUGCUCAUCGGAACUUGAAGGUUUUCAACUGGCUUCAUAGUCUCAAGGAAUCAGAAUUUGAGAUGCUUAUAUCAGAAGCAACCUUUGACGACACACUGCCCGGAAGUGACGAACCGGUGAAAGAUGAGGUGGUGGUUUCAGUGGAUGAACCAAAGCUCAAACCUUUGUUUUAAAGGUUGUCGAAUAAUUUACGAAAAGCUUAAGGAAAUGUAUUUGUUACAACAAAUGAUAUCAAAGGAAUGUGCUUAGAAUUUAAAAAAAUGAACGAUAAUUUUUAAUAAUAUUUUAAGAGUAAAGAUAACAUAAUAGGC